CAACCGCAAUGCAUGAUGGGACACUGAGUCUUGAAAAUAGACCACCGAACCCUUGUGUCUUGUUUUUAUAAUCUCUUGAACUGUUUAACUGUUUCUUUAAUAGCACACACAGAACUGUGUCGAUUACAAUUGCUGUUUAAUUAAGAUUAAGAUUUUGCACUUUUUUCCGUACCAGUGAUAGCGCAGUGUGAGAGUCGCAUGUUGAUGACGCGUUACGCAGGGGGCGGAGCUGUAACGUUUGAACUGGACGCGCGACACGGAAGAUUUUUUCCUUUAAAACAAAACAAAAUGUUUAAUACGUUUAAAUAAAUGCGUUUUUGUUCAAGAACCUGAUCAUUAAACGCUUAUUUCCGGUAAGAGAAAUCGUUUUGCAAUGAAAUAUGGCGAGAUUCUCAAAACCAUGACGUAAUUUAGUUAAUUUAGUUCUAUUCAGAGACCCAGCAGUGAGAAAAAAAAGAGACCCAGCAGUGAGUGACUGCUCCAUCAUGCCUAUCCGCGCUUACUGCACCAUCUGCUCAGAUUACUUUGACCACACCAGAGAUGUAGCAGCGAUACACUGUGGUCACACUUUCCACUACGUUUGUCUUCUUCAGUGGUUCCAGUCAGCUCCCACUAAGACCUGUCCCCAGUGCAGGAAGCAGGUCAGCACCAGACACAUCAUCAACAAGCUUUUCUUCGACAUAGCGCCGGAGGAAGAGGGAUCUGCCGCUGACCCCGAGAGCUUACAGAAUGAGGUGGACAGAUUGAAAGUAGUUUUAUGUGAAAAAGAGAGAGACUGGAAGGAGAAACAGAAAGCAACCGAGACGCUGAAGGAGACGAUCGAGAAGCAAAGAGCCGAUCUGGACCGGGUCAGGAGAGAGAUUGGAGAGAAAGAGAUGCUCUGUACCACCCUGAGAAAGCAGAUGCAGUUUCUGGAGAGUCAGCAGAGAGAAAGUGAGACGGCUAAAGAGGAGGCCAAGAGACUGCGGGUCAAAAUGAAAACCUACGAAAGCCUGGGCAUUCUGCUGCAGGGUCAGAGGGCCGAGGUGGAGGCCAUGAUCUCAGACAUGGGAGUGGGCCAUUCGGCUGUGGAGCAGCUCUCCAUCUACUGCAUCUCUCUCAAAAAAGAGUACGAGAGUCUGAAAGGCAGCCUGCGGACCUCCAACGAGACGUGUGAGAAGCUGAAGAGGGAAGUGUUCUCCUCUAAUAACAAGUUGCAGAAAGCCACGCUGGAGAUGAACCGAGCGAGGGAGGACAUGAAGGCUCUUCAGAACGAUCUCACCAACUCGGAUAAAGAGAUCACAAGUCUAAAGAAGAAAGUGGAGAUCCUACAGAAGACCCUAAGCACUCCAACACGCACCAAUGAGGCCAUCAGCCGCCUUGUGUUUGAGAGCCCCGUCCCUGUAGAGCUAAAGUCCCCGCGCCUGCACCGGCCCUUAGACACCCAGGACAUCGACCUCAACCUGACCUUCGACAUCAGCACACCCGAGCAGGUGGAGAAGAAGCCCGUUGUCGUUCCCUCCAAGAAGAUGCGCUUGGACGCGGGAGCAACAUCCUCCAGUCACUGUGAUAAUACGUUCAGGAGUAAGCCUAAAGAUGAUGAGGUUUCCAUGGAGCCCAUGUUCAGGAACUCUCUACUGUUCAGGAAGAAGAUGUUUGGCAGCAUGCUCGACCCACACAGCAAACCUGGAGCUGUAAGAACAGGCUACGAUGGACUCGGAGGAAGAACCAAAUUCAUCCAGCCCUCUCCGCUGGCUGAGAUCCGGCCGCUGCUCAUGAAGGCAAAGAGGAAGAAAGUAUCGAGACCGACAGCGAGCAAACUGCCCCCCAGCCUCAGCACACUGGACGGGUUCCUGGAAUGACCUGACCUUUCACACACACACACACACACACACUGAUGUGAUGUGAGAUGUGAACUUUUUCAGGACCAGGAAGCUGAAGCUGAUGGAUCUGGUCACAUGGACUUGCUUGUGAUUGAACUCUUUAUUCGGCUCAGCUUUUAUUCCUAGUAAUUUUAUAAUUGUGUAAAUUUCCAGUCACUUGUAUUGUUGUUGUGUUUACGGUGUGUAAUGUUGUAUAUUUUUGUGUCUCGGUUGUUUCCGUUAUAGAGUCAGACUUAAUAAAUUAAAUCAGAUAAAUCAGA